GCUUGCAACUGUAAAUAUCAGUAAGAAUGACGUCACCGCUAAGCACUAAAAAGUUUGCCCACUGCGGCGGUCCUGACUUAUGCGGGUUCAAACAUUUGCACAAUGCCAAUGGGACGAACCAGGGUCUCUUCCAGCUGAACGACGAUCAGCCUCGUGCACUUUGGAUGUCACCUAGUCGAGUCAGUAGUGUAGUGCGGACUGCUAAGAGUGGAUGACCGAUCCAAGCAUGGAACAGCUGCCCAAAAUGUCAAAAACCUUUCGACUCUUCCGCCUCGCCCGGACCCGUUCUUCCUCUGGGUUCUACUAAGGAGCAGAUUGCGAAAAUUGCCAGACGGAACCUCCGGCCGAUGACGAGACGCCACCAUCUUGCGUGACUUAGCGAAGCGACCGCACCGAGUUUGUCCAUGUCCAGCAAUCCAGCGCCGCCCAGCCUCAAUGGCGAGGAGCACAGGUCCAAUGAGGAGGAUCAAAAACAGCCAGAAGUGAUCAAUGGCCACCAUGGAGGUCGAGACGAUGCAGCUGCGGCUUCUGCACCUGCAGCACCAACAAAGCCUGCGAAGCCUGGCAUCGUGGCCCGGCUGGGGCUCGAUCUUGGAACCGUGUUGAUGAUGGUCAAAGGCGCAAUCCCCCCCACCAUCGCAAUCGCCAUGUACCAGUCCACAGCCGUAGCCACCCAGUUUACGACUCUCGGCUACCUUGUCGGUAUAAUAAGCAUUCUGUCGCUGUCCAUCUUGCCCCGCGGCAAGUUCAUCCAGACGCUGCUCCUGAAUGUCAUAUUCGUCUGUUUGGGCGCCGCCAUGGCGGUACUCAUUCUCUGGUCCUCGCUACAGGCGCGCCUCCAUACCCAAUCGUCACCCGCCGACCUUGCCGCUGGCUUCCCGGGAUACAAUUCCAGCCAGGCGGCCGUAUCGGGCCUCUGGCUGUUCGCCAAUAUCUGGUUCGUCAACGUGCUGCGCGCCAAAUUCCCCAUGUUGAACGUGCCCGUCAUCGUCUUCUCCAUCCUCACUAUGAUCAGCUGCACCUUCAGUCCGCUCAUGACGAGCAAUGCCGCCUUCGAGGCCCUCGUCAAGCGCAUCUUGACGGCCAUGCUGGCCGCCUUUGGCAUCGCGGCUGGUUGUUCGCUGCUGAUUUUCCCCAUGUCGAGUCGGAAGGUUACGUUUCUUCAGAUGAAGGGGGGUCUCAUGCUGCUGCGAGGCGCGUUGCAACAGGAGACGGUCUAUCUGCAAAGUUUGGAGAGGGAGGACAUGUUUGCGGUGCCGGCCGAUGUCAGUGGUGCAGUAGACCCCAAGGAAGGAGACAAGAACCACACCAAGGCGGGGCCGAUCACAACUCCCGAGGUUAGGGCUCUUCAGCAGACGAUUGCUAGCAUUCGGGAAUUGGCUGGGAAGAUCCAGACCGACUUGCCGUUCGCCAAGCGUGACUUUGCGUACGGAAAAUUAGAUUCACACGACCUGAAGGCCAUAUUCUGCUGCUUCCGAUCAUGCUUCAUCCCCGUGAUUGGCAUUAGCACUGUGAUCGACAUAUUUCAGCGCAUUGCAGAGCGAAGGGGCUGGACUACGGACGAGCUCACCCCUCCCGAGGUCGUGGCAGAGAAAAACGAGGAAAAGCGAAUCUGGAAUGAGAUUAUGAAACAGUUACAUGAGCCAUGUCAGUUGCUAGCCGAGGCUAUGGAUCAAGGCCUAGAGCACGCUGGGAUACAGCUCGAGAUCCUACCGAAACCCCCAUCAACGACCAAAGCCAAGAAGGCCGCGGCAUUCGAGACAGAUGCUGAUGUGGAAGCAAAGGGCGACCUAGUCCAACCUGGCGAUCCUGCAUUUGCCGAAGCUCUGGCCCAGAAAGUCAGGAAGUUUGCGCACAUGAAGCAUGGGAUUCUUCAAAAUUGGGCCAAAGAAAGAGGCUUGAUGAGAGACGAAGCAUUGCUGCAGGAUGGCAACAGGAUCCCAUUGUCCCACGGCGGCGUCAAGCACGAGCACAACCAGUCGCAGCUCUUCGUGUUGCUCUACCUCGAGAAAUUGAUGCAAGAAGCCGGCCAAGCAGUACUGAACUUUGUCACUUUUGCUGAUGAGAAAGUGGCGAGUGGCAGCAUGGAUAAGAACCGCUUGAUUAUUCCCAAGUAUAAGAUCCUCAAGAAGUGGGCUUCGAGCACUUUCAACGACCAGGCCGGAUCCGCAGAAAAUAACGGUGACUUGUUCGAUACGGGAAAUAUCGUCUACAUGGGUGAAGGGUUUGCCGCCAAGAAAGACCCGGAACAUCUACCGCCAGCCAACGCAUGGCAACGUUUUGGGGACGGGUUGAGAAUUGUGUCCAAAUUCUUUGGAUCCGCCGAGUCGGCCUUCGCUUUCCGCGUUGCGUGUGCUACGAUGACAAUUGGUAUUGCGGCAUUCCUGGAGUCGACGUGGCAUUUCUUCCAGACUCAGCGUCUGGUAUGGGCCAUGAUCAUUAUCGCUAUUGGGAUGACCGAGACGUCUGGGCAGUCAAUAUUUGGCUUUCUGUGUCGCAUCGGGGGCACUUUUGUGGCCAUGGUACUCUCCAUCAUCAAUUGGUAUAUUGUGGACGAACACACUGCCGGUGUGCUCGUGUUCCUGUUUCUCUUCUUGGUCAUUGAGCAUUACUUUUUCUUGAAAUAUCCUCAACUCCUGCCUGCCGUUCUUAUGUGCAUGAUUACACAUGUCCUUAUCAUUGGCUAUGAGCUGCAGGUCGUAAAAAUUGGUAUUGAUGCUUCUGAAUCAUCAAACCAACCCUUCUAUCCGGUCUAUGAACUCGCCCCUUACCGUCUAGCAACUGUAGCCGCAGGCUGUCUCGUAGCUUUCAUCUGGACCAUCUUCCCCACCCCUCUAACAGAACGGGGCUUCCUCCGCCGCGACCUAGCCUCAACCAUGUACCUCCUGGCCAGCUACCACAGCGUCGUCAACGAAUCGCUCAAAGCUAAGAUGCGCAACGACGCUGGCGACCCGGGCCUCAAGACAACGCCAGCCCACCGUCUCGCCAAGCACCGCCAUCAUAUCUUUGGCAAACUGAUGCUCAUUCUCCCAGCCUUGAAGUCGCAUGCUAACUUCCAACGCUGGGAGCCCACCAUCGGCGGCCGGUUUCCCCGCGAGCUCUACGAGGACAUCAUCCUCCGUUCUACCCGCAUCACUUCAUACCUUACUCUCGUCUCCCACACAGUGACGUGGACCCCGGACCCCUCGGCCAGCGACCGUUCUUGGAUCGAAGCCCUCUCCGUUUUGCUACAGGACAUCGCGCCCACGCAGCAUACUAUUGUUUGUACGCUCGCCCUCCUCUCGAACGCCCUCGAGUCGGGACACUCACUCCCGCCGCAUAUCCCCCUUCCUCGACCGUACGAACUCACGCGCCAGCUUGAGGCACUGGCGUAUGGGAAGGAUGAUAAGCGGCCGCUUGGUCUUCUAGACGCGAGGAAUAUGGCCGAGAAUGGGUAUGCCGAGUUUGCGGUGUUGCAGGUGUGCAACACGCUUGUGUGUGACGAUUUGCAGGGUCUGGUCAAAAGUGUGGGAAAGUUGGUGGGAGUUGUAGAUUUCAGUUUUCGCGUUGAGGGGGCAAAUUCGGGUAGCUUGAGUAGUUCGAGUUCGAGUUUAGGGAUUGAUCGUGUCCCGACGGGAACGAGAAGGGAUAGUGAUCCAUAUAAGCAGAAGGUUCAUUGAUGAUAAUGGGGCUAUUUUGGCAAUACUUUGGAUUGGGUUGGUUUGGGUUAGACAUAUAGAUUUAGAAUUAAGUGUGGUAGAUGACUGUGUUAAAAUGAUACGAAUUCUUCUUCAG